AUGUAUGAUCAAAGCCGCAACUGGUUACAAUACUGUGUACCAGCCGAAAUUCUGGUGACGCGUGUCGAUGAGAAGUCAAAUGAAUCGUUGAAAACAUCAAGAAUCGGUGAGACAAACACGUGCCGUGAUAUUCACUUAAGAGAAUGGGGCUUAGUUUAUUCACCGAAGAAUAAGGUGUUUGAGGAUUUACUUCAAUUAGCGAGCAUACGUUUCAAUUUUACCGUUAUAUAUGGUGUAAAUAGUUCAGAGGAAGUUGAGAGAUUGAUGAUAGAACGAGAGUUUUUAGCCGGCGUUGUAUUCGAUCAUUCAGCGAAUAUUACGGAGCUUCCACAGAAUUUAGUAUAUGCUUUGCGCUUUCCAAGUGAAUUGCGCACUGAAACCAAUGAUAAAUUAACAGCUUUUAGUUGGCAGACGAAUUUAUUGUACCCACUAUUGUCUGGCGGUGGACCACGUGUGAAGACAUCAAAUGAAGGAGGUGAUCCUUUCUACUAUUCGGAUGGAUUCUUGGCCAUUCAAAAUGCAAUUGCAUGGUCUUACACAAUAAAUCGAUGUAUUGAACUAAAGACAUGUGUCGGCAAUAUCUCCAUACCAAGCAUUGAAAUGCAAAGAUUCCCGUAUCCACCUUAUUUAAAUGACAUUCUUCUGAACGGUUUGACAGAUGCCGUUGGCUUGUUCAUCAUGUUAAGUUUUGUGUAUCCUAUAAUUGGCACCGUAAGAUUCAUCGCCGUCGAGAGGGAGAAGCAGCUGAAAGAGGUGAUGAAAAUCAUGGGAAUGCCCGUUUGGUUGCAUUGGACCAGUUGGUUUGUGCGCACCAUGAUUUUUAUGAUCGUUUCAAUCACAUUGAUGAUCGGUUUACUGAAGAUACCAAUGUAUGACUCAUCUGUUGCUGUGUUCACAAACUCAAAUUGGUUUACAAUUUGGGUCAAAGUACCAUUUAUAGUGCAACUGCUUUCCUGUAUUUCGCCAAAUGUGGCUAUGGCUUACGGAUGCAAAUCAAUCAUCGAGUUCGAGCGCUCCGGUGAAGGAUUGCAAUGGACAAACUUCUGGAGCUAUCCAAUAAUUGAGAACAAUUUCACAAUUGGAACCACAAUUUCUUUCAUGCUAAUGACGUCGGCUGUGUUUCUCUUGAUAGCGCUCUACGUUGAAAAGGUAUUCCCUGGCGAAUAUGGCGUGCCUGAAGAUUGCAACUUUGCAUUCAAAAAGGAAUUUUGGUUUGGCAAGGAAAGCGGCUCGAAAUCGGAAGAGUGUUCUGACAAUCACCAGGAACAAAUAAUACACGAAAAUUUCGAACCUGAGCCCACUGAUUGUGUAGCUGGUGUGAGAGUGAAAAAUCUCAGAAAGAUUUUCGACAACGGCAAAGUGGCCUGCAAAGGUGUGACAUUCAAUAUGUUCUGUGAUCAAAUAACUGUGCUGCUCGGUCAUAAUGGCGCUGGCAAGAGCACGACCUUGAAAAUUUUAACUGGAAUGAUUCCACCGACAUCAGGCACGGCGAUCAUAGAUGAAUAUGACAUUCGAGCUGAUCUCAACAAUGCAAGGAAGUCGAUCGGUAUCUGUCCACAACACGAUAUUCUAUUUGACGAACUAACUGUUCGCGAACACAUCGAAUUCUAUUGUCGACUGAAAGGAUUAAAAUGGAGCGCCGUUGACAAGGAGCUCAGGAAAUAUGUACGAAUAUUGAAUUUAGAGUCAAAGAUUGACACUCCAUCUCAUGCUUUGUCGGGAGGAAUGCAAAGGAAGCUAUCAUUCAUCAUCGCUUUGUGUGCCGAUUCCAAGGUGGUUUUGUGUGAUGAGCCGACUAGUGGCGUCGAUCCGGCGGCGAGGAGAGAGCUGUGGGAUUUAUUGCAAGCGGAGAAGAAGGGUCGAACGAUCAUUUUGACGACGCAUUUCAUGGACGAAGCCGAUGUGCUCGCCGAUCGUAUUGCAAUAAUGGCCGAUGGUGAGGUGAAGUGUUGUGGAACUACAUUUUUCUUGAAGAAACGCUUUGGUGAUGGUUAUCGCUUGAUUUGCGCUAAGCAAGAAGACUGUGUUUCGAGCGAGGUUACGAGAGUUCUACGUGAAUUCAUUCCGAACGUUGAACUAUUGGAGGAGGAUACAGAAGAGAUAUCAUACGGUUUGCCAUAUGAACAGUCAGACAAGUUUGCGAGAAUGUUUGAACGAUUGGAAAAUGAACUCGAUGCCUUGAAUCUGCAGCGUUUCGGAGUUUCUUCAACGGAAUUGGAAGAAGUGUUCCUUAAGGUUGGGAGUGAUAACAGAAGACCUAGUCAAAUUUCCAAUCACGUUUCAUUUGAUAUCGAAGCGUCGAAAAGUGAAUUACUUAAUGGCUUCUGGCUACAUAUGAAUCAAUGUGUAAUUUUCGUUCGUGUUGCACAGGAUUUCAAUAAUCUUCCAGAACUGAAUAUAUCUUUGAAUCGUUACGAAAGAACAGAGACAAUGGUGCAAACACCACAAGGGAACCGAAUCGAUCCUUUAAUCAAUAGUACAUUUGCACAAUAUCGCCAGAGACUGCGGGAGAAUGCAAGCCAUACUUUGGACGAAUUCGAUGAGGAUAUUCAGCAUCAUUUCUUGAAACUUGGAAAUGAAAUAAAAGUUCGAACAAACACCAGACAUUUGGUUGGCUUGUCUUAUCACAACCACUCAUUCAUUGCUUGGUUCAACAAUCAAUUGUUUCAUACGGCGCCACUUUCGCUCAACCUACUCCAUAAUGCACUCUUGCGGAGCAAACUGGGCGAUGGUUACAGUAUUCAAGUGUCGAACAAUCCCAUUCCAUUCAGGCCGGAAUCUAAGAUUGUUCUAACAAUGAACGGAAACGACAUGGGCAGUCAGUUGGCCAAAUACAUUUCGUUCGCAAUGGCAUUCACCAUGGCGUUAUACAUUAUGUUUUACAUUCGAGAAAGAGCCUCAAAAGCGAAGUUACUUCAAUUCAUAAGUGGCGUCGAUGCAUCAACAUUCUGGGUGAUAUCAUUCCUAUUCGACUUCGCAACAUACAUUUUAACCUCGGCAGUAUUUUAUGUAACGGUGAUGUCAUUCCAAGAAGAAUAUUGGUCGACAGCCAGCGAGCUCGGGCCUCUGAUUGCAGUUCUUACCACUUUUGGCCUUUCAUCAUUUGCCAUCACAUUUGUCGCAUCGUUUCUAUUCUCAAAUGCUUCGUAUGGGUUCGUUGCGUUGGCCAUCACAUUCGUAUUCACUGGAACCAGCUUCUUCAAAUUGAUAACCAUUAUGUUGCUCCCGAUAUUGGACUUAACUAAAAUGGCUGAUGGACUCAAGUGGAUAUUCCUAGCUUUUCCACAUUACGCGUUGGGAUACAGCUUAUUCAACAUGAAUCAGUUCAGAAUUAAGGCCGACGUGUGGCACUUGGAGUGUGAACGAUUGAAAAAUUUAUUGUCUAGUAACAAUACUCAUCUAUUGGCAUCAACAAAUGGGACAUUAAACAUAAGUGAUGUCAGCCAAAAUGCUACCUGUGAUCCAACUGAAUAUGAUGAAAACAUAUACGAUUGGGAUGAGCCUGGCAUUGGUCGCAGUUUAACGUACAUGACCAUAACAGCAAUCGUAUUUUUCAUCAUUUUAUGGAUGAUUGAAUGUCGAAUCAUUUCGACCAUUAGACAUUACAUUCGCCGUCCCUCGAGUCAACCAUCGCCACUUUUACUCGUGAGCAAUGCAAUCGAUGGCGACGUCAUAAAUGAGAAGAACAAAGUCAACGCCAUGACUCGGGAGAAUUUACAAGCACACAAUUUGGUCUUGCAGAAUCUUACAAAGUUCUACGGAGAUUUUUUGGCGGUGAAAGGAAUCAGCGUUGCAGUUAAAAGGUCGGAAUGUUUUGGAUUGCUUGGUAUCAAUGGAGCGGGUAAGACAACAACGUUCAAGAUGAUAACGGGUGAUGCACCAAUUUCAAGUGGAGACGUGUUUGUGAAUGGGCUCAGCCUUAAAACUCAUUUAGCUGAAGUGCAUAAAAUGAUCGGAUACUGUCCGCAAUUCGAUGCGCUACUUGACAAUUUGACAGGAUCUCAAACAUUGGAAAUCUUUGGGUUAUUGCGUGGCUAUCGCCGUAAAGAUAUCUCAGCGAUGAGUGCUCGAUUGGCCAGUAAUUUGAAUUUCACCAAACACAUCGAUAAGGAGAUCAAAAGCUACUCCGGUG